UUAUUGGAAAGCUACCAAAACUGAAACUGAAACUGAAACUGUGCUGUAUAAAUAGCCUUGCAGAAUCACUGGCUUGAGACAGAGGAAAAAUCGGAGGAACUGCAGAGCAAAGCAGAGAGCUGGAGAACGCUGGCGACAUAAGCCAUGUCUAUGGGAAAGGAAAAACCCAAGAAUUCAGCGCAGGGAGAUGCUGCCAAGGAUGAACUAGCCAAGAGACUGGAAGCAGUGGGUCUGCGUGCAGAGUACUGGCUGCCUAAACUGCACAAACAACUUGGAGUUACCUCUGUCCAAGCCUUGAAACACCUGCGAUAUGAAGACUUCCUAAAGUUAGACAUACAGCACACAUGGGAAAAGCAGGCCCUCCAAGAACUACUUAAGACAGACAGCAAGGCAACAAUGACACAGCUGCAGGAGCAGCGCUUGGAGAUGCUAAAGAAGAGGCAGGAGCAGGCUAAGUCGGUGCUGAAGGAGCUAAAAGAAAUGCAGGAGAAAGGCAGAAGCCGCCAUGAGGAAGCUGUAAGAAAGAAAGAGGAGGAGCUGCAGGGAGUUAUGGACAUAGCCCCAGAGUAUUGGGCACCACCUGAGAAGCGUUUGAAGGAAGUGAUAGAGGAUGUGCACAAACAAUUAGACCUCCCAGAGGAGUCGGUGUCCCAGAGUGAGAAUCUCCCUGACAAGGACCUUUUGAGAUGGGCAUCAGGAGGGCUGGCCCUGCAGGGCAUUUACAAAACCAACAAGCUUGCAGAGAUGGUGGAGAAGCGAGAGCAGCUCAUAGACAUCCCAGAAGGGUUUGAGCUCUUUGGUCCACAGCAAGGGCCGUUGUUUGAGAAGAAGGAGUUUUCAUCUGCCGAAGCAGAGUCCUCAUUCACCAGGACCAUGGAAAAGCUGGGUUUCAGCAUUAGCGUCACAGCCAAGGGUGGAUAUUGGGGGUUUAGUGCUGAAACCAGCACAGAUUACAGCAGCUCUUCAGGGUCCGAACAAACCCACAGAUCCCGCUCAGAACACACCUACAUUUGCACCACCAAGUACAACUACAUCCCACUGGCCUCAUGCUACUUCCCCAAGGCUCAGCUUCGACUUUCCAGUGCAGCGCUGCAAGAGUUAAAAGAGAUCGAGCAGCUUUUGAGUCACACCCCAGAGCCGGACAAGCUCAACAUGCUGAAGAGCAGGGGCGGGAGUUUCUUCAACCGAUUUGGGUCUCAUGUAAACCAGGGCCCGCUUCACUUGGGUGGGAUAUUCUGGUGGAAAGCGUCUUCUGAGGGAUUCCGGGCAGAGCAGCUGGACGAGGUGAAGAAACAAACAUCUGAUGCUCUCAGCUCUUUUGUUGGGGGCAGCUAUAGUGGCAUUGGUUGGAGUGUUGCCGCUGGUGUUACUGCAUCAAAAUCAGGUUCUGAAGCCUCAUUUCAGGGCACAGAUAGAAAACAAAUCCAAACAGAAAUUCAGCUGUUUGUGACCCAGACAGGAGGCCCAUCUGAGAUACGUUCUCUCACCCAAUGGCAAUCUGGGCUUAUGACUAGUAACAAAACCUGGAGUGUCAUUGACCGAGGCUUUCAGCUAAUUCCUGUGUGGGAGAUAGUCCUGUCCAAUCACAGACAAGAUUUUAGUGAUGUUCAUCAAGUCAGCAGCAGCCUCAGAGAUGCCUACGAAGUCCUAACUAACCAAAGCGUCGGUACUUUGUUUGGAGAGGGAUUAGUCAGUGCAGUGGAUGAGGCCAGAUCAUUCUUAGAGGAAAUGAAGACCUGGGAAGUCACUGGGGAUGAAGAGCAGCUAGUGACACUGAACAAUUUCAAACAAAAGCUGACUGCAAAAACUAAGAACUACAGUACAUGGAUUAACAUUUGCCUGUCGGAUAAGGUGCUUCAAGAUUUCCUGGAAAAUACAGUUUCGCUGUGCAAAGAUUUGCCUGCACAAAAUACUGAAUACACCAAAUCUCUACUGCGCUGCCUUCUGGACCCUCAUGUCUAUUCAGUUAAGAAUUUCCCCAAAUCUUCUUCCAUUAUGCAGUGGAUCUUUCAUGAAGAAAAAAAGCAGCAAAAAAAUACCUCUCUCUCUGAAUUUGCUGAUUUUACUCAAGUCCUACAGGAAAUGAAGAAUUACAUACAGGAAGUUACUUAUGACCAUAUGUCCUCUGCAGCAGCAGUGCAAGAAGCAAAGGUAAAGGCCACCUUAAAUGUGAGCUUAGCUUUGUCUUCCUUUCUGCAGGCUCUACGGGAGAGAGAGCAGACAGAUAUCGAGCUGUUAUUCCACUCCAUUGCAGCCAGCGCAGGAUACCGGGUGGACAGUCACACUUUUCAGUAUCUCCUCGGGUGCCCAGAAAUUAACUUCAUAUUGCAGGAAAUGCAAACAGCACAGGAGGAAUAUUUGACGCUUAGGGCUCAGGAUGUUUCCAGAGCUCAGGCUUUCCUGCUGUUGGUGGGUCUGACUGUAACAUUUGAAUGUAAAGACAUGUCUCCAGAGGAAAAGAACAGACGUUUAGCUUUUAUGAAACAUCAAAUGGGCAACUCAUUGUCCAAUGAAAUGUCAAAUGUCCUUAAAAAGCACAGGGCAUGCAGUGAUUGGGACAUACUGGAAACAGACCUGAAUUGCCUCAAAAAUGGGGACUUUGAAGCCACAAAUGAUGAGUUGAAGAAACAGGGUAUAAUAAAAGAAUUAGAAGGCAUCUGCCGAGGAACAAAACCUUCAAAUCAACCAAAAUCAAAACCUGAAGUGAAAUCCAGCAAUGUUAAAAUGUAUGAAGCUAUUGAAAACCAAGAGUUUCUCAAUUUACUGAAGAGACUUGGACUUGAAAGUUGCUAUCCAAGGAAAAUGGGGACAGCAGACUUCCAUGUCAUUUACAAGACCUCUUUACAUGACAGCCAGCCCAGCACAGAAUGUGAGCUGCCAUUUUACUUUUUGCAAAAGCUGUUGAUGGUGGACUAUCGGGUAAGAUACCUCAUUUACAAAGAUGACAUAAAAUCUAAACAAGGAACAACAAAUACACUGACCACCCUAGAAAAUGAGAGUGGAUCCUCAGAUACAUUUGAUGACUUUUUUAAUGAUAUCAGUCAUGGAACCAAUGAAUCUGUUACAGAUCAGGCACACAUACACCCAAUGGACAUCCAGAUGGCAAUUUUUCAUUGUGCAGAUGAUUUCAUGAGACAAUAUCUUUCAACAAAGCUCGCUUUCUGCCAGUUUGCACUCCCACUUCUGGUGCCAAAUCCUUGUACUUCACAAAUAGAAUUCCCUCUUUGGUCCCUUAGCCAAGUGACAAAGAGCUGGAAGGGUGCUGAGAAAUCAGGAAGGGAGACUAGGUUUAAAAAUUAUAAAAAAUUGAUUUAUCAGGCAGCUAUGCCCAUGGUGUCCUUCAUACGGAUUGGUCAUUCUUCUUCUUCUUCAAAAUCCCAGAUCCUGAAUGCUCUGCUGAGUAAUCACAAACAUGACAUCUUUUUCCACCGUCAUUGUAAAGGCAGCAGCAAAGAUUGUCUCCUGAUGAAAGGGGUUGUGGAAAUCUUCUGGUAUUGUCCAGGUGGGAGAGACGGUGACAGAUUUGACAACUGCAUCGCAUUCACUAAUCUGCAUGGAGAUGCAAGGCAGCAUGAACAACAGGUCAAAUUUUUACAGGAAAUUUCUUCUGUUAAUGUGGUUCUCAUAUCAGAUGUUGAUCAAAAUGAUAAGAGAGACGUGAAAAUUAUACAUGACCUCUGGAAAUCUCAAAAACCUUUGAUCUGUCUUUUUGCUGAAAAAGAGAACAUUGUUGCUGGCAAAUCCAGACAGAACAUAAAAAUAGCCAUCAAAAACAGAAAUGAAGCAGAAUUAAUAGAUGAACUGAUGACAACAAUCAGGGAUUUACUAGCAGGUUCAAACAUAACUUGCAGUCUUGAGAACAGUGCAAAUAUUGCUCGCCAGCAAGGUUUCGUCAUUGAUGAAGAUGAAGAAGAGUGCACGAAAGCCAAGACAAUGGCACAGUUUCUGAUGACACUCUUGAACAAGACUAAUUUAUAUGAGAUAAAGUCAAAACUGUUGCCUCUGCAAGGAGAAUUGUGGCACAAGUGGUGUCAAAAGGACAAGGAACUUACCCGCUUGCAGGAGAAAAGAAACAGAAGCAUUGAGCAGCACCGGAGCCAAGUUGAGUCAGAAAAGCAUGCAAUACGAAGCAAUCAGUUAAAAAGAGCAUUCCCUCUCAAUGAUCUAAUGAAGUCAGUGCUUGAAUUUCUCCAGUCACAUCCAGAAGCCACCAAAAAAUAUUUCCUGCAGUGGAUGAAAGUAUUUAUGGAUGACUUGUCCUCUGAUUGCCUUGCAGAACUUCACCAAAAAUACCACAGAUUGUGGUCUCAAAUCCUGGAAAUAAAGAAAAAAGGAGAAUAUGAUGGCUCGAAAAAUGCUUUGCUAAAUAAAUUAGAAACACUCUCAAAUACGAUAAUUGAUUCUACAAUUGGCCUUGAACACAUUUUGAGAGAGGUAGCUCAGAUUUAUGAGGCUCUGGAUUCAAUGAAACAACAGGAUGAAUGUUUUCUUGCACUACCUCAAAUUGCAGCUGACCUGAUGGUUUCAGGUUAUCCCAUUGAGCUGAUGGAUGGUGAUGCGUCAUACGUGCCAUUAAAAUGGGUUGGAGCAGUUUUGGACAAAUUAAUUGAGAAGUUAGGAGAUGAAAAAGUGUUUGUUCUUUCAGUGCUUGGCACCCAGAGCACUGGAAAGUCAACAUUGCUAAAUGCCAUGUUUGGUCUUCAGUUUAGUGUCAGUUCAGGGAGAUGCACCAGAGGAGCAUUCAUGCAACUGAUGGAACUUGAGGAGAACCUCAAACAGGAUUUGAACUUUAGUUAUAUACUAGUCGUUGAUACAGAAGGGCUCCGGGCUAUGGAGAUGGCUAAUAAACGGUCAUUUAAUCAUGAUAAUGAGCUAGCCACCUUCGUUAUUGGUAUUGGUAAUAUGACUGUGAUAAAUAUUUUUGGUGAAAACCCUUCAGAAAUGCAAGAUAUCCUGCAGAUCGCUAUCCAGGCAUUUCUGAGAAUGAAGCAAGUAAAGCUCUCCCCAAGCUGUUUGUUUGUGCACCAGAAUGUUGGAGAAAUAACUGCAAAAGAACAGAAUAUGGAAGGACAAAGACGCUUCCAGGAAAAACUAGAUGAAAUGACUGUUACAGCAGCUCAGCAAGAGUUCUGUGAUGUAACUUGCUUUAGUGAUGUUAUCCGAUUUGAUGUGAACACCCACAUUCAUUACUUUGCUCACCUCUGGGAAGGGAACCCACCAAUGGCACCUCCAAACCCCAGCUACAGCCAAAAUGUGCAGGAACUAAAAAGCAAGGUUCUCUUGGGUGCCAAAAAAGAAUCUCAGGGCAGUGUUUUAAGGCUGUCAGGUUUAAAAGUCCGCAUUAGUGAUCUGUGGAAUGCUUUGUUAAAUGAAAAUUUUAUUUUCAGCUUCAAGAAUACACUGGAGAUUGCAACGUACAAGAAGCUAGAAAUAAAGUUUAGCCAAUGGACCUGGCAGUUGAGAAGUCACGUACUAGAUUUGCAAAUGAAACUUACGAAUCGAAUUAGGAAUGGAGAAGUGCACUCGGUCACCAAAGGAAACCUUGAAGAGCAAAUUCAAGGAAAUUAUGGUGUCAUAAUGGAGGACCUAGAAAAGUAUUUCAGUGAAGACAAAGACUCUGAAAUGUUGAUUCAGUGGAAAGGAAGUACUGAACUGAAACUGAGAGAUCUGAAAGAGUCACUCAUUGUUGAAACUAAGAGGAAGUCUGAAGAACUUAUUGAACUAAAGAAGAACCAAAGCAAACUGGAUGAAAAGAAGUCAGAAUAUGAAAAUGAGCUUCUGAAAAGAAGCAAAGAGUUGGCUCUGUCUUUAAAAGGCCAGGAACUAGGUGAAGCAGAACUGAGAGCGAACUUUAACUCGUUGUGGAUCGAGUGGGUGACUGAAGUGGCUUCAAAUGCUCCACAGGCUGAAGAGUCUGAUAUUAAUGUUGAUGUAGAAAAUAUCCUUCUAGAGCAUUUUAAAGAGACUAAUUUAUUAGUAAAAAUUAAGGAUUUCCCAAAAAAGAAUACGUUUUCUGUUGAUUUUUCUAAACAUAUCAGCAUGAAGAAAAAAAUGUUCCUUUUCAGGCACAGUUUAGAUGAAUGCGACAAAAGCAACAUUCAGCAAGUUACUGAUGGCAUCAUUCAGGCUGUCAAAGCAAACAUUGACGAGAAAGAGCAGCAGAAAAUGGAUUACAAUCAAAGUUACAUUUAUGAAAUAUUGCGGGAAGUAAGGCGAGGUACAGAAUCAUCUGCACCCAAUGACUCAAAAUACAUAUUUAAUGAUGACUACAAGAUAGAUUUAUCCUUGUAUCUGUGUAAAAUGGCAGCAGAAAGAUUUAAAAACAUGCACACAGCAUUUAAAAAAGCAAAUGAUCCAACCAUCUAUCUGGAAACUAAGAGAGAAGAUUUCUUUAAAUGUUUUCAGAUUUCCUGUCAAGGAGCCACAUCCAUCACAACAUUUGCUGAUUUCUUAUGCACCAAGCUUUCUAAAGCUCUCCGCCAGGCAGUCUAUGACAAGACUGCCAUUGAUGUAGCCAAUGAGAUGCAGUCUAACCAUCCUGCCCUCAAUGCCAGUAGAUUCAAACUAGAAAUCUAUAUUCUGAAAUCCCUGGCAGAGGAAGAAAACUUUGAGAAAUACAGGCAGUACAUUCAUUUCCCAAAGGACUUUUUUGAGAACUUUAUCAAGAAGUGUGUUGAUGAUUAUUGUUUAGACAAGAAAGAUCAAAGAUUGAAGAAUUUAUUGAAUUUUUCCCUUGAUUGUUUCCAGAUUCUUGUUCAUGCAGCUAUUCGUGACUCAACUAAAGUUGUCAAAGACAGAAGUGGCAAUGUAUCCUUAUGGUUAGAUGAAUUUUGCAGAAGACUGGGAGAUGUCUUAGACCUUCCCAGAAGUGAUCUGAAAAGCAUUGAACAUCAGGAGACGACAGAUAUAGAAUUUCUUAAGGAAGCAAUGAGUAAAGCAUUGGAUCCUGUGCUAGAAAAUCUGAAAAAAGACUUUGCUGUCAUUGACAGGGAGCCAUUUAAAAAAAAACCACACAAAAUAUUAGCUGAACAGCUCUGUGGGUGCUGGGAGCCGUGUCCCUUUUGCAAAGCUCUUUGCACAAAUACCAUAUUGAACCAUGAUGGAGAUCACAGUCUUUCUUUCCAUCGUCCUCAAGCUACAGCUGGCAUCCACUGGCAUAAAACAAAUCAUCUAGUUACUGACAUUUGUUCAAGUCUUGUCGCAAGUAAUUGCUCAUUAGUGCUGGGUGAAGACCGUAAAAUUCCAUACAAGAAUUAUCGGGAUGCAGGACCUCGUUAUUCCAAAUGGAGCAUCACACCUGACACCUCUGUGCAGUCUUACUGGAAAUGGUUUGUGUGUCAUUUCAGGGCAGAGCUAGAGAUACGGCACUGUGGGAAAUUUGAAGGCAGAGGGGAGAUCCCUUCUCAGUGGAAACAAAUUACGAAAAAGGAUGUCCUCUCUGAGCUGGAAAAGGAGUUCUAAGUUAGUCAGAAUGAAAGAUUCUAAACCUGAUAGCAAAUUCAUUGUUCUAGUUUGAAAGUGUAUGAAACAACUGUGUUUUCAAAUAUUAUUCUUGUAUUUUGAUUUAGGAAGAUAAUCAUCCAAGGUAAACUAUAUUUAAUCUCUCAUAGAACUCAGAGAAAUAUAAGACUAUUCAUAUCAGUGUACAGUAGUGAAGUUGCCUCAUUAUAACGUCAGAGCCCUGUAGCUUUCCCAACUACAGUGAUACAAUUCACCUGCCUGUGUGUUAGCGUAUAAAGAAAAAAAUUCCCUGCUGUGAGCAUAUUAUGAAAGAUUAACUCGCUCAGCAAGAAAUAGCCAGAUGAAGAGCAAAGAAAGGCAUUAGUAAAUACCAUUUUUAUAAAAGGUUAUGAUCUGAUGCCAAUUUCCCUGUGAGAAUUAUCUUUGACUUUAACCCAACAAAAGCAGGAUAUUAAAAAAAAACCCUGGAAGACCUAAAACACAAUGGUGGGAUGGCAUCAGACACCUGUCCCUUACUGGCAGCCUACUUCAGAACGUGCCAGAUUUGGUUCACGACAGAACAUCGUAGAGGCACAUAACACAUUUGGUGGGCUCCAUCAUGCCCAGACAGCAUGAGAGCUAACUAAAGUGCAGACGUAUUUAAUGUACACUGCCAUGUUCGAUUUUAAAUGCACAAUCUGGGUACGGUUACAUUAUGGUCAACAGUUUUUUUUAAUUUUAUAAUAUUCUGGUAUCAUAGAAUCAUAGAAGAUUAGGGUUGGAAGAGACCUCAGGAGGUCAUCUAGUCCAAUCCCCUGCUCAAAGCCCAACUAAAUCAUCCCAGCCAGGGCUUUGGCAAGCCAGGCCUUAAAACCUCUACGGAUGGAGAUUCCACCACCUCCCUAGGGAACCCAUUCCAGCGCUUCACCACCCUCCUAGUGAAAUAGUGUUUCCUAAUAUCCAACCUAGACCUCCCCCACUGCAACUUGAGACCAUUGCUCCUUGUUCUGUAUAUCUGGAUAGAGAAGUAUUUUGUAUGCAAGAACCAUUUACUUUAACAUUAAAUUCCAGUUUUUCAUCAUUGAAGUAUGGGAGUCUUGUUUAUCUAAACUUGUAAUAGCUGCAGUUAGCAGAAAGUGUGUGUGUCUAUUUGUUGACCUAUGACCCUGCCACAUCUUGUGAGUGACUUUAUGCUUUGCUAUAGGCAGAAUGACGUUAUAGCCGUAUAAAAUUGAUGGGUGUAUAUUGCUUAUUGGCUUGGAAUGUGCAUUGGGGCAAGUAGGUGAACAUAACUGACCGGUUUAUUAAGCUUGCUAUGCUUACAGGCCUGAUGUAUUGGUGUGAGGCCUUGUGGCAGUAGUUAUGUUAAAGGUGGAAUUUUAGAUUAAAUGAGAACCGCAGAACACAAAUUCUGCCCUCUCAUUCUGGGAAGUUAAACAAAUGAUCAUGAAAGGGCCAGUACACGGCAGGGAGUUUUGGGGAGCGUUAGCAACCUGGUUGCUGUGCAGUAACUAGGAAGUUGGACUGCAUUUAUGUAUUGGAAUUAUUACGAGAUUAUUAAGAAAUGAAUGAGGUAGCUUACUAAUAUUAAUGAUUAAGUUGUAGUUAUGAAAACCCAAAAGGCCACGUAUGGAUAAUAGGCAGGUAUCAAUCUUAUCUUAUUAUGGUCACGGAAGGUGGUCAAUAUAGUUAUAUAUCCAAUAAGUCACAAAAGGUGGAAUAUAAAAGAUCCUGUUUAUUGCCCUGUUUUGGGUUCUCUUGGACUCUUGAACUUGUAUCAGCUGGAUCUGUGGCCUUCUGAGGUGCUCCGCUAACUGAUUCUUCAUCCCUGUAAUCCUAGCUUUUAGAUUGUACUUAUGAAAUGUGUUCAUUAGCCCUGCAGCUUGGGGUACAUGGGUUGCUUAUUUCAACAGGCUUGUGCUGACUAGUAAUUUUGUGUAGUACAAUUAUUUGGUGUCUUUGUAAGGUUAUAAUUGAACCUAGGCAGCUCUACUGCAGAUCACAUCAAUCCCUUAAUGAAAGAGAGGAGCUUCUGGGAGAAACUUCUGUGUAGCUCAUUUUGGGAAAGAACCUGUGUUAAUUGUUAAAACAUACGCAUGAUGCUCAAUUAAACAUUAUCAAUGU